ACAAGAGAUUCCCGCCAAUUGAAACGUACUAUCCGCAGAGGAUUCACAGACUCGACAUCACUUGGUCGUCGAACUCUUCGCCUUCAAUUGCCUUUCCAUCGGACAGUGCUGAUGCCUCCAGCCGUGGAGCCAGUGGACGAGAUGAACGCCUUAACGAUCAGCGGCAAGAAGAAAAAACGGAUUGCUGGCCGCUGCGACAUGGAAUUAGGCGAUGUGACAGUGCACAAUGUGAAGCAACUGCGCACCUUGAAUUCGUGUAUUCUCCCUGUUCCGUACAAUGCGAAAUUUUACGCGAACGUCGUCGCUGACGGUGAAAUGUCGAAGCUGGCGUACGUGAACGAUAUCGUGGUUGGCGCUGUGUGCUGUCGCAUCGAUGAGCAUGAAGGGAAACGAUCGCUGUAUAUAAUGACCCUUGGGACGUUGGCUCCGUACCGGCAACUUGGUGUUGGAAA